AGAGGGACAGGAAGGACACAGACAUCAGGGAGAUGGUAGAACUUGAGCUGGGCUUCAUUGUGAAUUAGCUUAUGAAAGAGAAACCAGGAAUCUGUGUUUCCUGUAAAUGAUCAGAGGGUUUUUUGGUAACUGUUCCUUCAGGCUUAGGAACUAGGUGGCCGCAAUCAAAGAAACGGUUUUCCCCAGUUUGCCCAAGUUAGAAGUAUUGUUUGCUUUGGGAGGCUGCAUUGGGGUAGGAAGGGUAAGGAAAAUCCCCUGGUUCGUUGUCAGCUGGGUGGAAACAAAUGUUACCAUGGAACAGAGUCCACCUUCAAUCAGAGUUCAUGCACUGGGGAGGAAGGUCACCAAUGCAGCAGCCUUGAGAAAUGGGUGGGCAUUGGGGAGGCCAAUGGUGUAUGUGGUCGGGUCUGCUUUUCAGUCAGGGCUGGUUUCCUUGAGAUAAGAAAGCGAAAGCUCUGGGCCAGAGAAGUCCUCUUCCCUUUUUAGGAGUUGCGUCUUAGCAGAGUGGAAAACCCCAGACCCCAGGACACCGAAAGCAUCCCAGGCGCAGGGCAGCCAAGAGGCAGAAGCAUCCAGACCUGUCCGCUGCGCCUGGGCCAUGGAGUCAAUGAAGAAGCUGCAGACGGUGCUGGACCUGUACCUCAAGCACCGCAUCACGCUGGGCUAUGGCCUGGUGACUCUUCUGACCGUGGGCGGGGAGCGCAUCUUCUCCACCGCGGUGUUCCAGUGCCCCUGCAGCGCCGCCUGGAACCUGACCUACGGGCUGGUGUUCCUGCUGGUCCCCGCGCUGGCGCUCUUCCUCCUGGGCUACGUGCUGAGCGCUCGCACCUGGCGCCUGCUGACCGGCUGCUGCAAGCGGGGCGCCGACGACUGCGCGGCCAGCGGGAGCCGCUUCCUGGCGCGGCGCCUGUGCUCGGACCGCUCCUCCCAAUGCGCCGAACAACUCCCGCUGGUUCCCUGCAACAAGGCGCAGGAGUCCGACGUGCAGGGCCUCCUGACGGACCUCAAGGCCCAGUCGCAGGUACUGGGCUGGAUCCUGAUAGCAGCUGUUAUCGUCUGCCUUCUGAUUAUUGUAUCUAUCACCCGAUGUGUAUCUCCAGUUAGUUUUCUACAACUGAGCUUUUGGAAAAUCUAUGUGGAACAGGAGCAGAAGAUCCUCAGAAGUCAAGCCACAGAACAUGCAACUGAAUUGGCAAAUGAGAAUGUUAAAUGUUUCUUUGAAGGUUCACAUCCAAAGGAAUGCAAGACCCCGAGCAUGAAAGACUGGCAGCAGGUUUCAGAACUAUAUACUUUCAAUCCAAAGAACCAGUACUAUAGCAUGUUGCACAAAUAUGUUAACAGAGAAGAGAAGAAUCGAAGUAUCAGGAUUUCGAAAGGAGAUGCAGUGGUUCCUGUUCUUGGCUUUGUAGAUGCACAUGGUAUGCACGCCACUGCUGAGUUAUGACCCUGUGAAUGAAUAAAAAGAAAAGCGUUCUUUUGAAUUAUUACUUCAUUUUUUAAAGAAUAAACAUUGUUAUUGUUUAUGGUGGUUUUUUACUUUGGCCUUCCAAAUUAUGGAAGUAUGGAAUUUUAGAUCUGAAAUAAAAAUUUAUAAUUUUA